GGCGGGCGGACAUUGGCAACAGGUGACGGCCGGCCGGCCCAGCGACGCCACCGUCGCACCCAUGACCUACCUGGUCGCCAUGGCCGAGGCGUUGACCGACGAGCCCGACUACAACAUCUUCGAGAACAAGACGGGCUUGGCUGAGGACCUAAAGUUCCUGGCCAGCAUGCCCGAGCUGUGCGACGUCACGUUCCUGGUCGGCGACACACGCGAGCCCGUCUGCGCCGUGAAGGCUGUGCUCGCCUCCCGCAGCAGGGUUUUCCACAAAAUUUUCUACUCCACUUCUUCACCACAACGCAAGAAAGACCAGCCUCAAAAGGAGAACAAGCUGCGCCUGUUUCUGAAGCGCAGCAGCGAACCACUGCUCAACCUGCAAAACACAACUGAAAAGCGUCACGUGUACCACGGUCAGCAGCUCCCCACCAUCCCCGAGCCGACCCAGAGCCAGCACCAGACCCUCAUUAUCGAGGAGUUCGAGCCGGACGUGUUCCGGCAGCUGAUCGAGUACGUGCACACGGGCUGUGUCACGCUCCAGCCGCGAACACUGCUCGGUCUCAUGAACGCCGCUGACUACUACGGACUAGACGAGCUGCGGCGGGCCUGCGCCGGCUUCGUCCAGUGCUGCAUCAAUGUCGACACCGUUUGCGCUCUGUUGGCUUCGGCAGAACGAUACAUACAGUACAAGUGCACCAAGUCUAUGGUGCAGAAAGUUUUGGAGUUCGUUGAUCUCCAUGGUAACGAGGUGUUGAAUCUGGGCUCGUUCACGCUGCUACCGCAGCAUGUCGUGCGUCUCAUACUGGCCAGGGAGCUCAAAGCCGACGAGGUUACCAAGUUCCAGGCGGCGCUGAUGUGGUCAAAGAAGUACUGCGAUAACUCGAGCCUGGACUUGCGCGAAGUUAUCUCCACCUUCCUCGAGUUCAUCCAGUUCCACAAGGUGCCGGCCACGAUCCUGAUGAAGGAUAUCCACCCGCUGGGCAUCGUGCCGGACCACAUCAUCAUGAACGCGCUGGCCUUCCAAGCCGACCCGAGCAGCGUGGAGCCGGCCAAGAUGUCGCCGAAGCGAGUCAGCCGGCGGCGCGAGCUGUCCGUGCAGAGCUCGCUCGACCCGUACGGCAGCACCACCACCCUCUCCUCCAGCACGUCCAGCGACAUCAACAGCGACCGCCAUAGCUCGGACGGCAAGCACAGCUCCGAGGGCGGCUUCACCGGCUCGCCGCUAGGCCGGCCUACCUAGGGCAGGCUUCACUAGGGCGGGCCCACCUAAGGAAACGUGUUUGGGGCCGGCCCAACCGGGACGGGUUCAACUGGGACAAGUCCGCCUAGAGGGCGCACGCUUGAGGCGAGCGUACCUUGGGCGGGUGUACAUGGGACAGACCCACACACCAGGGCAAGUUCACCUAGGACAUGCCCACCUGGGGCCGGUUCACCUAGGGAGGCUGGCCUGGAGCCAGCUGGCUUGGGACAGGUCUACCACUGGCCGACUAGCGUGGGACAGGCCUGUCAACGGCCGGCAUGCUUGCGGCGGUUUGCCCCGGGCAGUAUCUAGCAGGUCGGGCACGACUCCAGGCCUGGCUCGUGUUGGGUCCACGUGCAGUUCUUGCCACACGCCCCUCAGCGGCGGACCGGUGUCUCCACAAGUGCAUGAUCCGUGCAUGAGGGUGCGCCGUCAGGUCUGACACCGCUUGUCCGGCCUGGAAACUGGCCAACCUCGUCUCAGUUCGCCGUUCGUGGUCAGCUGUGACCUUCACGGGUAAGGUUGCCUUCACCCCGUCCGCCCGUUAUGCAUAGGCCGUGCCCGUACCCAUCCGAUACACAAGCUAAAUCGGCUUCACCCACCCGUUAUCCACCUGUUUACA